CCCGCCCCGAGCAGGCGGGGUCCCCGCUGCCGGUGCCGGGGCCACCCGUGUCCCGUGGGAUCCCAGCCCCGCAGCCGCCGCCGGCAGCCACCGCACAGCAGGUAGCAGAGGGUUUGUCCUGCGGUACCGGCGCUGUCGGCUCUGCCUGGCGGGGAAAAAUGUCAGACGGUUUCUCCUUAUCCGACGCCUUGUCCACCGGCAACAACCCGAACCCCUCUGCCCCCCCGCCCCAGGGCUGGCCCUCCUGGGGGAACCAGCCGCCGGCUGCCGGGGGGUUCCCGGCGUACCCCGGCCCUCCCGGGACCUACCCCGGCUCACCAGCAGCACCGGGGCCCUACCCUGGAGCACCGGGGCCCUACCCUGGAGCACCCGGGGCUUAUCCUGGAGCACCAGGAGCUUAUCCUGGAGCACCAGGAGCUUAUCCUGGAGCACCAGGAGCUUAUCCAGCAGGACACGGCUCAUAUCCAGGAGCCCCUGGAGCAUUCCCCGGAGCACCAGCAGGACCAGGGCCCUACCCUACCCCUGGACAACCGCCCAGUGGCCCUGGAUUUGGGGCCCCUCCUCCUCAGGGGGGGCAGGCUCCUCCGAUGAAAGUCCCCUUCGAGCUGCCCCUGCAGGCAGGACUCGUCCCUCGGAUGCUCAUAACCAUCACGGGGACUGUCAACCCCAACCCAAACAGGUUUUCACUGGAUUUCAAGAGAGGGAAUGACGUUGCCUUCCACUUUAACCCCCGCUUUAAGGAAGACAACAGGAAAGUCAUUGUCUGCAAUUCGAUGUUCCAGAAUAAUUGGGGAAAGGAGGACAGGACAGCUCCUAGGUUUCCCUUCGAAGCUGGAAAACCUUUCAAGCUCCAGAUCCUUUGCGAGGUGGAUCACUUCAAGGUAGCGGUGGACGACGCUCACUUGCUGCAGUACAGCUUCCGUGAGAAGAAGCUGAACGAGAUCACCAAACUCUGCAUUGCUGGGGACAUCACCCUCACCAGCGUCAUGCCGACCAUGAUAUAACUACAGUGGGGUCAUUUUACUGCAAGCUUAAUGCUCUUAACACGGCUGUAACAGAAGUGCCUUCUUACAUGAGUACUUUGAGGCAAUAAAACAUACUUUCUUAAGUGAAA